AUGGAUUCACCAGACAUCCGCAGAGGAGACGUGGCUGCGUUUGAGAAAUUUUCCCUCCAAAUCCAGUCACUCGUGGGCAUGUUAAAAACUAUUGGUCCGGACGGUGAAGUGGAACUCCAGUGUGGCUCCCAUGUGGCUCGGCUCCUAAGCAAGCUUCCUCCAGAGCAGAGAGCUGACUUUCGCCGGUGCAUGUAUAAUCGUUCCGGCCAGACCUACACCCUCAAUGACCUGGCCAUGUGGUUGAAGUAUAAGUCAUGUUGUCAGGAUUUUGAUGGACUGCCCCCUCCCAAGUGCGUUAAUGAGAGACCUGACACCACAUCAAGGCUGACACCUACAGGUCCUCCACCAGGUAAACACCAGUCCAACGACACCUGCCGCCAUGAAUGUUCCUGCACAGGAGGCUGA